GUGAUUCGGCAACGCACGCUUGCCUUGAAUCGAUGACCCUCCCAUCAGUAUCUCGUUGUCCAAUCUUGACUUUCCGUAGGGUUUAUUGGGACGUUCAGCCAACUUCAUCUUGUCAUGUUGCGAAAAUUGACCUUAGUAGUAGGACCACCAAACAAGCUGGAAGCCGAUUGUCUUUUGAUGGCGUUGAGAGUUGCAUCUUUCCAUGUGCCGGUGGUAACCUUUCGGACGGACGUACUACUGAGCAAAGUUGAUGCUAAUGAUAUUGAGCCUUUGCUCUCGGUCAUGGAGGAGGUUACUGUUUGUGGAAACUCGUUUCAGGCCGGUAACUUAGUAAUUCGUGAAUCUAAAGCUAGUAGAAGCACAGCACUAUCACUAAAACAGGCCUCUCCUCAUAUGGCAAGGUUUCCGAUAACCGAGACCGGGACUCGAUAUCCAAUUUUGAAUCGUGUCCAACAUUCGCUCAUAACUUUGGCGCGCACUUGUACUGAAGAAGUGCAUCCCGCGUACAUCCACGAUGACGGUUGUGGGAUUACAGCACUGUCACAGGUCCAGGCCACCCUCGAGUGGGUCUGUUUGACCUUACAAUUUUUUUAAACUGGAAAUAAGAUACUAGGCGCUACUUUACCCACUUCCGAACGCCGCAAGUACUGGCCACAACUAUGUCUUGAAUCUAUACCUCCUUCUUCAAUCACUCUACCUCGUUUGUUUUCUCGUACUGACCCAGGAACAGCCCAUAAUAUUGGGAGUAGAGGCAUCGGAGGAAGUCGAAAACUAAGAGAGGGAGAGACGGCUGAGAGAGAUGUGCAGCACGCAUCAGACAUGUACGUGAUGAAAAGUUUAUCUCACGUCUAUGUUGA